AUGAGUGGAGGAGAAGACACCAAGAACAGAGGAUUCGUUGUAGGUCACCAGCACCAUCCUCCUCCUCCUUCUCAGCCUCCCCAGUACGGUACCUUUCAAGGCGUCGCUAACUACCCGCCACCUCCGCCGCAGCCCGUCAUCGGCUUCCCUCAGCCGAUGCCACCUCCCGGCGCCGCUCACUCAUCCUCCCCCGGCGCCGCCUCCCAGUACUAUACCCAAGGCUACCAAACCGCCCCUGGAUAUGCCGUUGCUGAAGGAAGACCUGUGCGGGAGCGGCGACUUCCUUGCUGCGGUCUAGGUCUCGGCUGGGUCUUGUUCAUCAUUGGUUUCUUUCUUGGCGCCAUCCCCUGGUACCUUGGGUUGUUCGUUCUACUCUGUGCACAGAUAGAUCCCAGGGAGAAACCUGGAUACGUUGCUUGUACAAUUGCUGCUGUGGUUGCGACAGUUGCAAUCGUCUUUGGAGCCACAAAGGGUGCCAAUGUAUGGUGA